AUGUCAAGCUCCUGGGGGCACCUGCGUCUGAUGAGGAGACCCAGUUCCGACACCCACAGCUUCAACGAGACAUGCUCGUGGACAGAGCAGCUGCCGCAGGUGGGGGCUUCGUGUCUGCCCACCUCCCGGAGCCAGAGAGCCCCGUCGGCAGACCCCAGGGACCAGGCGCGUCCAGCCUCCACGCAGAGGGUGCCCUCCUGCAUCUCCACCUCCAGAAACAGAGGAGGCGCCCAGGCUGGCUCUGCCCGCCGCACACCCGUGAGCAUCACCGGGGGUUACUGCCAUCUGCCCAGCAUAGGCUGCACAGCUGGCACCACACAAGACGUGCAGAAGACACAGGCCCACCCCGCGGGGUUCACCGUCCAGCCAGACGCCACCAGCGGCUCCCGCAGCAAACGCUUGUGA